UCCAAUAAAUUACAAACUACUUAAAAGUUUCCGUUUAAUUUGUUCUCUAUUUCAAAAGCAAAUCAUAGAUGGAUAAUUCUCAGAGCAUGGGUUACCAAGCUGGCCAGGCUAAGGGCCAAGCUCAGGAAAAGGGUAAUCAGAUGAUGGAAAAAGCUGGCAACGCUGCACAGUCUGCCAAGGAAACAAUGCAAGAGGCGGGACAACAAAUGAAGGCCACAGCACAAGGGGCAGCAGAUGCAGUUAAAAAUGCUACUGGCAUGAACAAUUAAAACCACGCAUCUCACAUCGCGGACAUCUUUGUUUAACCUAUAGGCUGCCAGCUACCUUUUUUUUUGAAUUUUUUUUUUAAUUCAGAAACGGGGGAAGAAUCAGUUACUUAGCUUUGAGUAUUAUUAAGGUGUUUUAUGUUUCCGAUUUGAAGAAGAGGGGGAAGCUGUGUCAGUGCGAUAAUGUCAUGACUUGCUACCUUCUUUGGUUUUAUCUAAUAAUAAUGUUUGAUUCUCCUUAA